AUAGGUGGUCCUGCAGCCUCUCCUCUCCUCACACUCCAACCCUGCUCAUCUCUCAGCUGGACAGUAAGGGCCGUUCACACCUCACACUGACAACAUGCUGGGGACACUCUGCACUCUCAUCACUGCUGUAACAUGUGUCUGUGGUGUGACUGUGGUGACACAGAAGCCUCCUGUUGUGACGGUGAGGAAAGGAGACACGGCCUCUCUGGACUGUAACCUGGGGACUGUUCAGAAUAGUGCUGCUCGUUGGUAUAAACAGGUUCCAGGAGGAGUCCCUCAGUUUGUUUUAUUUUUCUACCACCCUAAUAGUGCUCCUACCUAUGGCUCUGGUUUCUCCUCUCCUAAAUUCACAUCUAAUCAUCAGUCUAAAUCAGAUUAUCGUUUGAUUAUUAACACUGUGGAGGAGACAGACUCAGCAGUGUAUUACUGUCAGACUUGGGACAGCUCUGUUAGUGAGCACGCAUUCGGACAAGGAACCAAGCUCAUUGUUACUGACUCUACCCUCCCUCCGCCUGUCUUGACCAUCCUCCCUCCGUCCAGCAAUGAGUUGAAGUCCAGCAAAGUCACCCUACCGUGUCUGGCCAGUCAGAUGGCCAUGGGCUACGCAGAUGUCAGCUGGACAGCGGGAGGGAAUCCGGUCACCGGCGGCAUCGCUACGAGUGGCCUGGUGCCGCAAGCCGACAAGACGUUUCAACUCAGCAGCUGUCUGACCGUUGACACGUCAGAAUGGAACCAGGACAAAGUGUUCUCAUGUAAAGUCACCGCGGGAUCCAAGUUCGCUGAGAAAGGCAUCAAGAAGUCUGAAUGCAGCACUGAAUAGCCUGAGAUCCAUUGUAAUGUCCAUUUCAUUUUCUACAUCAAUUUUCAAGUUAUUGUUAAUGAAUGAUAAGUUUAACCUGCAUAUAUGCAUUAUGUUCCAUAAAAGAGAAAUAGCUAAUCACACUGAUAUCAUAGGCUACAUGAUAAGUGGACUUGUUAUAUUUGAAAUGGGUUGUUUUGCAUGUUUUGAUGAUUAAUAAAGGAAUAGUUAGAGCCUUGUUGUAUUGUGGAUAUUCAAUAAAGAACAUUCUAAAGAACAA